AUGGCUUCCACUGCAGCUGAAAGAGCCACUCUUAUUUUCAACCAUAUCACAAAAGCUUCUCCUUCUCUCAAGGAUAAAGUAUGCAUAGUGACAGGAGCAGGUUCUAUUUACGGUAUUGGUCGAGCAACUGCACUCUCUCUUGCUAAACGUGGACCCAAAGUUAUUUAUGUUACUGAUUUAACCUUGACAAAUCUCGACGAGUUGGUCAAAGAAAUUGAAACGACCUAUACAGGCGUUCGCUGUAUUGCUCGUGCGGUAGACGCUGCCUCAACAAAUGACGUUACUGCUAUCAUUGAUGAGGCUAUGAAAGAGUUUGGUCGAUUGGACAUAUUUGUGGCUAAUGCAGGUAUUGCUACAGGAUCUCGUAUUCACGAAGAGGAUGCCGAAAGCUUCAUGAAGAUGAUGCGCAUUAAUGCUUUAAGUGCUUUCUUGGCCAUCAAGCAUGCAGGUAUUGCCAUGCAGCAAACUGGAAAGGGAGGAAAGGAACUGUCGGGUGGAUCUAUUAUUUGUACCGCUUCAGUUGCUGGUAUUCGAUCCGGUGCAGGCUCACCUGAGUAUUCUGCAUCAAAAGCUGCCGUUAUCAACUUGUGCCAGACUGCUUCUUAUCAAUAUGCUGGCACAAAUGUUCGCGUCAAUGCUAUCUGUCCUGGUUUGAUUGAAACAGGCAUGACCAAAGCAACUUUUGAUUACGCUAAACAAAGAGGAACUUCUCAUAAAAUUGGACAGUUAAACCCCACUAGAAGAUACGGUGUUGCAUCAGAGAUUGGUCAUGUCAUUGCCUUCUUGGCCUCUGAUGAAGCUUCUUAUGUAAAUGGCCAAGCCAUCGCUGUUGACGGUGGUCUUUCUGCAAGUCAUCCUGUUGUUCCUGGUAAAUUCAAUUAA